UGGAUUCUGCAUAAAGAAAAGUUGGGCUGUCAUGGCGGGCGUGCUGAAGAAGACCACUGGCCUUGUGGGAUUAGCUGUGUGUGACAGUCCACAUGAGAGGCUAAGAAUAUUGUACACAAAGAUUCUUGAUGUUCUUGAGCAAAUCCCUAAAAAUGCAGCAUGCAGAAAGUAUACAGAACAGAUUACAAAUGACAAGCUGGAUAUGGUGAAAGUGGAAUCAGAUGUUUAAAGAUUAGAAGACCAACUUCAGGGUGGCCACAUAGAAGAGGUGAUUCUUCAGGCUGAAAAUGAACUAAGUCUGGCAAGAAAAAUGAUUCAGUGGAAACCAUGGGAGCCUUUAGUGGAAGAGCCUCCUGCCAACCAGUGGAAAUGGCCAAUAUAAUCAUGAUUAAAUGACGUGUGUUAACAAGAAAAUAAUGUAAUUAAAUGUUCUGUUAUAUCAAAAAUCUUUCCAUAUUAUUGACAUCUUAUAAUCAAGAAAAUUGAUAUAGAACAUAUUUAGGAGACUUGUUAAAAUUGAUGAUUAUGUAAUAGGAACUUAUGAAUUAGUUUUUGGUUUGUAAAGCAUUCAUUCAAGUUAUUACAAAGGUGACAUAUUUUUUAAACAGAUUUUAUGGGAAGAUUUGGAAGUUAAUUGGAAAAAUUUCCUGUAGAUUUCAAUACAGAGGCCAUGUUUGAAGCCUGAAAUAGUUUUAGUAUCUUCAACCCAUCAUUUAGCGUUUUUCAUUCUAAAAAUCCCAGAAAAGGUACAUUAUUAUUAUUAUUAUUGCUUAUAUGGGCAAUUGUUUAAAGUGAAGUAGUAACAGUGAAAACUAUUAAAUUAAGAGUUCACUGUACAGUUCAUUGAGGAAAUUGGUAUUUGAAAUAUUUCUUAUUUAUAGUGGUAGUUGGAAAAACUUUUUUUGUCUCAUAGCUUUGUGGCACUUAGCCAGUUUUCUUGAUUAACCAAACUACAUCAGGAUAGAAAAUUUUUAUAAAAGAGAGGAUAUUA